ACAGCACUUGAAUUUCCAUCUCCCUUAUUAGAUGGGUUUGAAGAUGAGUUUGAAAGUAGGUUAUUAGAUAACCCUAUUCCUCCCAGUUGUAAUAUGCAACUAUUAACACUAGUUGAGCUAAUACCCAUAUACAUAGAAGAUAUUG